AUGAAGCUGAAACAAGAGCUGCUGGUUCAGCCUGCCGGUGAACUGUGGAAGAGCAUAAGAGUGGAGCUGAAGGAAGAUGUGACGACUCGUGACAGAGACCUGGCAGCCAUCAGGGAGUGGUUGAAGAAGCAGCCACAUUUGCCUGAUGAUUGGGAAACGGGUCCCAUAAUGACCUUCCUAAGAGGCAGUAGCUUCUCACUAGAGAAAUGUAAGAGGAAGCUGGACAUGUACUUCACGAUGAGGGCCGCCUGCCCAGAGUUCUUCACGAAGCGAGACGCCACCAGACCUGAGCUUAACGACAUUAUGACUAACAAAAUACAAGGACCUCCACUGCCAGGCAUCACACCAAAUGGCAGAAGAGUUACUAUUUGCAGAGGUAUCCACCCCGACCUAAAUUCGCAGCAGAUCACAGACACUCUGAAGCUGGCUCUCAUGAUAGGAGAUGUGCGACUGACAGAAGAGAAGGAAGGUGUAGCUGGAGAUAUCUAUGUGUUGGACGCUGCUGUGCUGGGAGCCAGUAUGCUGGCUAAACUAUCAGCUGCCACUAUCAAGAAGUUCAUGAUCUGUGUUCAGGAAGCAUAUCCAAUCAAACUAAAAGAAGUCCACAUCAUAAACACGUCGCCCCUGGUCGAGCGAUUUGUCAACUUCGUCAAACCUUUCCUCAAGGAGAAAAUUAGGAAACGGAUCUACAUCCACAGAGAGGUGAAGGACCUUUACAAGUACAUACCUCAGGAGAUGUUGCCCACUGAGUACGGUGGACAGUGUGGCAGCAUGGCGACAUUACAAGAACAAUGGAAGCUAAAACUCCAAGAAUACCGUGACUGGUUCAAGCGCCAGGACAGCAUCAUCGCCAACGAGUCCCUCCGGCCAGGCCGACCCACCAACUACGAUGAACUAUUCGGCAUCGAUGGAUCCUUCAGACAACUUUCAAUCGAUUGA